AUGGCAGCGGUGGCGGCCCCGGGGGGAGCGGAGGCAUCCCCGCUGCCGACUCCCGGAGGGGGUGGGGCCGGAGCAGGACCGGGGCCGUGGCUGCAGCCCCAAGAAGAAGAAGAACACGAAGUGGUUCGUGUGCGGGUCAAGAAAUGUGAAGGCUUCUUGCAACCUGAGUUCCGGACAUUUGCUGUGGACCCACAGAUCACUUCACUGGAUGUAUUGCAGCACAUUCUCAUCAGAGCUUUUGACCUCAAUGGGAAGAAGAAUUUUACCAUCAGCUAUUUAAGCCGAGAUAAGCAAAACCAAGAAAUGUACUUGUCAUUGAUGUCAGACUGGGAUCUGGGGAUGGCCUUUGCUGGAGCUUCUAAGCCUUUUUUACAACUAAAGAUAGACAUCAAGCCCUUGGAAGACAGCCCCCUGCUAGAAGAUUGGGAUAUUAUCAGCCCUAAGGAUGUUAUCAGUACCGACUUGCUGCUAGUGGAGAAGAGGUCUCUGGCGGCUGCAGCCCUGCCCUUCACCCAGUCCAUCAUUUCCCAGGUGGGACGGACGUUGUCAAAGGUCCAGCAGGCACUCAGCUGGUCCUACGGGGAAGAUGUCAAACCUUUCAAACCUCCUUUGAGCGACUCAGAAUUCCAUACGUAUUUGAAUCAUGAAGGCCAGUUGACAAGACCAGCAGAACUGCGUCUCCGAAUCUUCCAUGGUGGAGUUGAGCCUUCCUUGCGCAAGGUUGUUUGGAGGUAUUUGCUAAAUGUCUAUCCUGAUGGCUUGACUGGGCAGGAGCGUAUGGAUUACAUGAAGCAGAAGACACGUGAGUAUGAGCAACUGAAGGGGGAAUGGGAAGCACGGACCAAACCUGAAGACCUGGAUUUCAUCCGUAGUAAUGUGCUGAAGGAUGUUCUGCGAACAGAUCGCACUCAUCCCUACUAUGCUGGUUCAGAUGAUAAUCCUCACCUGACAGCCCUGCAUGAUCUGCUGACCACCUACGCUGUGACCCACCCGCAGAUUUCCUAUUGUCAGGGUAUGAGUGACAUUGCUUCUCCCAUCCUGGUUGUAAUGGACAAUGAAGCCCAUGCCUUCAUCUGUUUCUGUGGCAUCAUGAAACGCCUGGAAGGUAACUUCCAGAUAGAUGGCGAAGUCAUGUCCGUUAAGUUUAUCCAUCUCAAGCUUCUCCUCCGCCAUUCAGAUCCAGAUUUCUACUCCUACCUCCUGUCUCGGGGUGCCGAUGACCUCUUCUUUUGCUAUCGUUGGCUGCUGUUGGAGCUGAAACGUGAGUUUGCGUUUGAGGAUGCCUUGCGCAUGCUGGAGAUCACGUGGAGUUCCUUUCCUCCUGAUCCUCCAGAGAAGGAAGUGGAAUUAGUGGGCCCUCCCGUCAGGCCCGGAGACAGCAACCAAUCUAUCCGAAGGAGACACAUGCUACGCCCAGCUUGUAGUUUUGAAGCAGCUGGGGAUCGGCCGUGCCAGGGGGCAGUUGCUGAAGAGAAGGUAUUAGUAAAGCAGUCUAGUUUUGGGGAAUUCAAGUACUACAUUACUCAUAACGAAGACAAUUUGGAGGAUGACUCGUCACCCAGACCUCAGCAUUCAGAGGAUGAGAAGGAAGAUUGUACCAGUGAGCAGGAUCCAUUGAUUCAGACAACUAACAUGGCUAAAUCCUUCUCUGCUCCAUCUCUUCGGGCCUUGACGCCACCCUCUCGAGAUUCUGUCUCCUCCUCAACUAAUGGCAAUGAGGAAAGUCAAUCAGAGGAAGAGAAGGGAGAUUCAGUGGUUAAUACCCCUUCUUCUCCCUCCCAUGGACCUACUACUUCUUCUACUCCUCCUGCCCUAGUCAGCCUCCCCCCUCCUCAAGAAUUUGGCAAAGGCAACCCCUUUGUACUCUUCUUAUGUCUUGCCAUUCUUUUGGAGCAUCGAGACCAUAUCAUCAAAAACAACAUGGACUACAAUGAGUUAGCCAUGCAUUUUGAUCGCUUAGUCCGCCGGCACAACCUUAACAAGAUCCUUCACCGUGCCAAGGCCCUGUUUGCUAACUACUUACAGUCAGAAGUUUGGGAUUCUGAAGAGGGAGAUGAGGCAGCAGCCGAAUCUCCCGCGGUGUCAUGAUUCUCCCUUCGUCUUGAUGUGCAGGGACAGGUUCCCUGCGGUCAUUAUGGUGCAAGCAUCGAUGUGGAAGAGUGGUCAGUGAAGUAAUCCAAUUUAGGCUCAAUCAUUCAGCAAUCCUCUUAGAUGGUCUGGAGCAACUAGAUUGGAUUGCCACACUCAAUACACCUUCUGUAUCUAAUGUAUCUGUUUUUAAUGAACUCUUUGGGCAAAUAUCCCAUCCAUUUUGGUGCCCCCUUCUCUUCCAAGUGCUAAAUAGUCUUUCAAAGAAGAGUUUACCCUGGAGCAGCCAGGUUCUUCCCAUUUCCCCUCCCUAAUCAAUACUUCCCAAAUAUUUCUCCCUCUGUCAUUUCUUAAGAUGUCGGUUGCUAAGAGACCCAGAUUGAUUUCUGAUCCUUCUAAAAUCAAGAUCUUUUCUUCCCCAUAGCUUUGCCAAAAACAUUUUUAAUGUUCCACCGUGGUAUAUUUUUAUUUGAGCUCGUCAGAAGUUCUACAAAGCUGCUUCAGCUUUUAAAAAAAUGCUUCAUAUGCUUAUUUCAGUGUUUUUUGGCCCAGUGUUUUUUUUUUUAAAAAAGCACUUCAUUUUUUUUUCUGGGGCUUCUGUUCCACUUGU